AUCUGGCUCAACGUACACAGGCAGUCUAUUGGCACUCAGCCCCGAUGUCUUCUACUACUUUGAACCACUGCUAUACACACACGACGACGAUUUGGAGGCUAUUGACGUGCCCAUUAUGUCCCGUCUUUCGUUCCUCCACCCAUUCUUCCCCUACCCUCCCAAAGUUCUGGACUUCCUGCAUAGACUCCUACAGUGUCAGCCCACCACACACGACCUCAAGUAUCUGCUCGGUGCCGAGUACUCAGAAUCUCUGACAAACUACAGAGACUGCACACAGAAACUGCGCAGUAUUGAGGACAUCUCCAGCUGCCUGCCACUGCUAGCCAAUCGUGCGAACCCUACGCUAUGAGGACCUCGCCACAGCACCAGUCCGCACCACCAAAGCUAUCUACGAGUUUGCGGGAAUUCCCUGGAUGCCAAAAUUAGAGUCACGUCUGAGGUCAGAAACAGACUCCCAAAAACCAUACAAGAUCGCGUCAAGAUGGAGGAGAAAAAUCACACACAAACAAAUGAAAUCUGUGCAAGAUGUGUGUGGGGAGAUGAUGACUAUUUUUGGCUACAACCAUUUCUAUAGCAACGACCAUCUGAGGGAUAUGCAGCAGCCAUCUUGGACGAAAAGUUACAGUGAACAAUUUCGUAAAUUUCAUGUUGAAAGUUGAUUGAAGGAAUCUUCUUCUUCUUCUUUUUCUUCUUCUCCUCCUCCUCAUCUUCUUCUUCUUCUUCUCCUCCUCCUCAUCUUCUUCUUCUUCUUCUCCUCCUCUUCUUCUUCUUCUUCUCGAUCGCAUCACAUUUAAAGUCCGGUACCUAUCAUAAUCAACAUUGCGGAGUGGACAGGGAAAUCCUUCGCCCAACCCAAACCCGGGCGCUCUCAAAGAAAACAACACGAAAAGUGGAGGCCCCUGACGAGCUUCUCUAUUAUACAGCGCCCCUCCUACGAUCUUCGUGGAUUAUGGGAUCAGUAAGCAGCAGCAAUCUAUCAUAAUGAUAUUAAAUUAUAAUUAUAGCC